AUGAGUCUCAAAGCCACCGCGCCAAGCUGGUUCCCCCCAGGUUUCCAAGAAGCGCCGCCGGUGGUGGCGCACCCAGUCCUGGACGUGCUGCUGCCCUGCUACCAGCUGGCCCAGGGUGGGCCCCUUGAGGGCCCGGCGAUGUACUGCCAGCCUCCGCGGUUCAUCGUCAUCCAUGCCGACUCCUCGAGGCCCGACGCCGCGGUGCGCCCAGGCUGGCCCACUGCUUCCUGGGAGCCGCUGUUCUGGCGACCCCAGCAGGUCGGGAGGAAGCCGGUCUGUGUCUACCCACGCAGGGUGACGCUCUCCUCAGACCACGCCUCGGCGGCCGGCGAGAAGAGGAGGCUGAUCCACGUGGCGAGCCCGGGACUGGCCUGCAUCGCCACAGGUGCCAAGAAGACCCUGAGCACCCCCAGGAAAGAGCCCUGGAGCCUCAAGCCCGCCCAGGCGUCGCCGGACCUGUGUGCCUGGUCUAGAGUGACGUCAAGGAACUUCUCCGACAUCCCCGAGCAGAUGGCGUACAGUUGUGCCUUCUACGCUCUCAUCGCCAGGGAGCUGAAGGACAAGGUCCCGGUGGCCAUGCGCCAGCACUACCUUGGCCUGUUCACCCAAGAGUGCCUCAGGUUCUCCUCUUCGCACCUAGAGGCCAUCGAGAAGGCCCAGGCGGAGGAGAAGGUGGUGUACGACCGCAGCCCCAGCAAGCACAGGUACCUCAGCAUGGCCCUGAACAGGCUCAAGAAGCUCCGGGGCCUGGUCCCCAGCGCUAUCUGGGGGCUCAGCCAGGCGGCGCUCUACAGCUGUCUGCGGAGCUACCUGCUGACCGAAGACCAGCGCAGGCUGCACGGCUACCCGUUCCCGCACCCCGACAAGCCAGGCACCGCGGUGCUCUUCACGGCCGAGCCGCCCGAGAGCUCAUCCAGCAGAAUCUGCUGUCGCUGUGGCACCCGGUACCCGGUGUCGUCCUCCGGCCGCUGUGAGUGCUCUGAGCAGUGCAUCUAUCACUGGGGGCGGCCGCUCUCCACCGCCGUGGGUGGAAGCUGGGAGAUCCGGUUCACCUGCUGCUCUGGGGGUGUCGAUGCCGUGGGCUGUCGUGUGGCCAAACGACACGUGCAAGAUGGCCGGAAAGACAACCUCCAGGGCUUUGCGAAGACCUUCCCGAAGAAGCACUGGGAAGCACACCCAGGCAUCUAUGCCCUCGACUGCGAGAUGUCCUACACCACGCACGGCCUGGAGCUGACCCGCGUCACCGUAGUGGACACAGAGUUGCGUGUGGUUUAUGACACCUUUGUCAAGCCGGACAAUGAGAUAGUUGAUUACAACACCAUGUUUUCCGGGGUGACUGAGGCGGACCUUGCUAACACAAACGUCAGGCUGCGGGAUGUCCAGGCUGUGCUGCUGGGCCUGUUCAGCUCCGACACCAUCCUCAUCGGACACAGUCUGGAGAGCGACCUGCUGGCCUUAAAGUUCAUCCACAGCAUGGUGGUGGACACGUCUGUACUCUUCCCUCAUUACCGGGGUCUCCCCUUCAAGCGGUCCUUGCGGGGCCUCUCGGCACACUACCUCAACCAGAUGAUCCAAGCCAACUCUCGUGGACACUGCUCUGGCGAGGAUGCCUGCGCCUGCAUGCGGCUGGUGAUCUGGAAGAUGCAAGAAGACGCUAAGAGCUGCGGCCUCUCCAGCCCUCAGUACCAGGCCUCUUCGGAACAGUGCGACCCAUCUCAAAAGCUGCCAGUUCUGUCGCGGAGCCCAGACACCGGGCAGGAAGAACAGGGUUCAGACCAACCCCAGACUCCAGAGACAGAGACCUGA